CUGCAUCUGCUGAAAAAGUUACACUCCUUUCCCUUUCUCUCUCACUCAAAAGGCCGAGGGGAGAUGGUUCUCGGAGCUAACGCCGUCGUUUGGAUGGACGGAGAAGGGGAGGAAGAUGCAGUGUCUUGGACCAGAAACACCACCACCACCACCACCGGCAAUAUUAUUGAAAUGGAGGAGACUAAAGAAGAUGACAUCUCCGUCACCAACGCUGCGUCUCUCUCUACCUUCAAAUCCAUGCUUGAGUUGGACUGGUUCAUCAACUCACCUCUCAACCAUAACCAUAGCUUGCAAAUGCAAAAUCAUCAGGAAAUCAGAGAGCUUACUUUCUCUUCUUACCCUCCUGAUAAUGCCCUCCUGCUUCACCAACCUAUUGAUUCCUCUGCUUCUUGCUCUCCCUCACACCCCUUCACCCUCGACCCCUCACACUCGCACCCUUUCUUGCCCCUUAAAUCUUCCUUCUCUUCUCUUCUCUGCACCAACCCCUAUGACACUGCUUUCGAUUUUGUUUCUGAGACUGAGACGCCUUUUUUCGCCCACUUUCAACCUAAUCAAACCCCAAAUUUGAUGGGUUUUCCCCACUCUCAACUGCCUAUUCCUGAAUUUACUUCCACUUCCGACUAUCAAUCUACCCGUUUUUUGACGCCACCUGAAAAUGCUUCUGCGCUAGCCUGCGGGUUCAGUGCUGCUGCUUUUGAGGGGUUUGACGGAUCCGGGAAUGCUCUCUUGUUGAAGCCUAUUCAAGUUUUCCCUUCAAUUGCUGCACAACCCACUUUGUUUCAGAAGCGAGCAGCCAUGCGCCAAGGCUCUACUGGAGCUGACAAUUUGGGGAAUUUGGAGGUUGCAGGUCUGAGAUUUGAAGCAGAAGCGUCUGAUGGGAAGAGGAAGAGGAAUGAUGACGCUGAUAUUGAGGAGGCAAGCAUUGAUGUGUCGGGUUUGAAUUAUGACUCGGAUUCUAAGGUGGAAGAGGGCGUGAGGAAUGGUGGUAGCACUUCGAAUGCUAAUAGUACUGUUACUGGUGUGGAUCAGAAGGGGAAGAAGAAAGGGAUGCCUGCAAAGAAUCUAAUGGCGGAGAGGCGGAGGAGGAAGAAACUGAAUGAUAGACUUUACAUGCUUAGGUCUGUAGUGCCCAAGAUUAGCAAGAUGGAUAGGGCGUCAAUACUUGGGGAUGCCAUUGAUUAUUUAAAGGAGCUUCUGCAAAGGAUUAACGAUCUAAAUAAUGAACUUGAAUCAACCCCAGCUGGCUCUCUGAUGCUACCAUCUACAAGCUUCCACCCUUUGACACCAACCCCUCCAACACUUCCUUGCCGUGUCAAGGAAGAACUGUACCCAAGCUCAUUACCAAGCCCCAAAAACCAAACUACAAAGGUGGAGGUUAGGAUGAGGGAAGGGAGGGCUGUCAACAUCCAUAUGUUUUGUGCCCGCAGAGCAGGACUUCUUCUCUCCACCAUGAGAGCACUCGACAACCUUGGAUUGGACAUUCAGCAGGCUGUCAUCAGCUGUUUCAAUGGGUUUGCUUUGGAUGUGUUCCGAGCUGAGAAUAACCAGAUUUCAGUCCCUUUCAACCACACAGAUCUGGGAUGAUACUAUGACCUAUGUAAUUAAGGUUAGUUCAGCUUAGGAUAUAGAUAGUACUUCAAAAUCACCUGAGUUUUAGGGGUCAUCACCUGUCUUAUUCUAUAUAAGCUUUUGUUGUGGUAGGCCAUCUGAGUGCAUGAGUACUGCACUUCUGUUGUUCACAUGGGUUGAGUUUGGAUCAUAAUUCUCAAUGGGUCCUAUCUUGUACUGUUUCCUUUGGGUCUCAUCAAUUUUGUUGUGUGAUGUGAAAUGUUUAGACUUUAUUUGCCUCUAGCUCCCUCACAUAUCUGUUCGUACUCGAAGAUAGUGGAUGGUUAAUAGCUGCUUUAUCAGCUGAUGGUCACUCCUUGGAAGUUAAAGCAAUGAGCAGGAAAUACCUGAAUGAAUUGAUGAGAAAGUAAUUAGGAAAUGCUUGGAAAGAAUUAACAUAAUUCAUAAGCAGAAACAUGGUCAGGAAGAAAGGGAUAAAGGAGAACCUGACAGAAAAUAUGCCACUCUGUUCAUACAACAACAUGACCAAGUGGUCUAUGAAGGUGCUCAGAAUUAUUUUGAUCGAUAUACUGAUUCCUUUUUUCUGGUUUCAGCAAUGCAAGGAAGGGCAGGAUGUGCUGCCAGAGCAAAUCAAAGCAGUGCUUCUGGAUUCAGCUGGCUUCCAUGGUAUGAUGUGACUUGAAUUACAAAAAGGAGGCACUAAACCAGCUGUAGUUCUGGAUCUCAGGUAGUAUGUAAAUGCAAAUUGCUUCUUAUUUGGCAGUUUAAGGACCAAAUUGAUGUAGGCAGACAUAUGUUUAGUGGAGAAUUGUAGGUUUCUUGUCUUAAUCAUCAUUAGCAGAGCAGCUAUGUUUCUUGAAGAGUACACAGUUGUUGAAUUAAAAUGUUUUGUUUUCUCACUCGUGCUUCAUGCAUCAUCAUCAUUAUCAUGAUGAAUUAUUAUUAUUAUCAUUAUUACUACCACUACUUUAUUCUUUUUAUUGAAUAGAUUGUAGAUUCAUAA